AUGGCGGGGCUGCCAGCUCCGACGAGCUGCUGCUGCUGCUGGCGGCGGGGCAGGGUCCGAGGCGGCGGGGCUCCGGCCGGUGGUGGGCGGCGGCCGGCGAGGGAGGUGCGACGGCGCGGGCACGAGCCUGGGGGCGGCGCGGGCACGGGGAGCACGGGGCACGGGGGAGCCGGGGAGCACGGGGCACGGGGGAGCCGGGGAGCACAGGAGGCGGCGACGGAUGGGCCUUGCCCGGGCCCGAUCUGGGUUGUAGGAAUUAAAUAUUCAGAUGAUUUGUAUGGGGUACGGGCUACAAUAAAUGUGUACGAGCCAAAGGUGAAGAAAGAUAGCAAAGAUCUUAGUCAAUCAGGGGUACUAAUUUAUAAUGGACCAAGAGAUCAAAAAGAAGGUGCAGGUGCUUGUUAUUCGAUAGCUCCAAGCUUCAACGGCGAUAGCUUUGCGAGGUUUCAUGUUACAUGGCGUGAUGCUAAACUACACAAGCCCUGCUACGAUCACACAUGUCCUGGUUUUGUGCAAGUUAGUCACCGUGUUGAUCUUGGAGGAAGAGUGCUUCCUAUUUCUGUCUAUAAUGGACCACAAUAUGUGAUUGACAUUUUCAUUUUCAAGGACCCAAAAACGGCAAAUUGGUGGGUGAUGUACGGUGAAGAGAAGGCAUCGAUUGGAUAUUGGCCAAGCUCAUUGUUCUCUCAUAUUAAGGAAAAUGGAAAUUUCUCAUUUUGGGGCGGUCAUGUUUCAGGCCCGACAGCUUCGUCAGACUCCCCACAAAUUGGUAGUGGGCAUUUUGCCUAUGAAGGAUACGAAAAAGCAACUUUUGUGAGAAACAUCCAAAUUGUUAACAACAACAACAAGCUUGUUACUCAAAAUACACACAAAUACCUUCCUGGCACUAGUGAUAAAAGAAAAUAUAGCAUCGAUGGUUAUGAUGUUGAUAACCAUGUUAUGCAUAUGUACUAUGAUGGACCUGGUAAUUUAGUUUGA